AUGCCUGGACACACCAACACCUCCAGGCUCCAGCUUUCCUGUCUCUGUUUCCUCCUCCAAACCCUCCUCAUCAUCCUCUUCGCUGUCUUUGCCCGGUACAGCCCGGAGAGGAGCCCAGGGCCCUGUUCCCAGGAGCUGAAUUGCAGCUGGAAAAACCAGGAUUUGGGGUUUCAGCCCCCCCGUGAGUACCCUGGGGCCGGCAUGGUCAGUGCUGACUUCUGCACUGCAGCCACCCUCAUCUCCACCGGGGCUGUUCUGGGAAGGGUCAACCCCAUCCAGAUGCUGCUGCUGACCCUGCUGGGAGUCACCCUCUUCACUCUCAACGAGUACAUCCUGCUCAGUCUCAUGGGGGUGAGUGACAACGGGGGCUCCUUGACUGUCCACACCUUCGGGGCUUAUUUUGGCCUGAUGGUUUCAAGGAUCUUGCACCAACCCCACGUGGGCAAGAGGCAGGAGGAGCAGGACAGGGAGCACCACCCAGAUGUCUUUGCUGUGGUUGGAACCAUCUACCUGUGGAUCUUCUGGCCCAGCUUCACCUCAACCACCAGGGCCCACGACCCAGCUGAGCCCUGGGCAGUGCCCAACACCUACUUCUCGUUGGCAUCGAGCACCUUGGCCACCUUUGUCCUCUGUCCUCUCCUCCAGGAGGAGGGCACACUGAGGAUGGUUCAGCUCCAGGAUGCCACCUUGGCUGGUGCAGCAGUGAUGGGGAUGGCUGGGGAGAUGCUGGUCACCCCCUUUGGGGCUCUCACUGCGGGGUUUCUGGCCGGCCUGAUCCCCCCACUUGGCUUCAGGUUCCUCAGGCCCGUCCUGAGCUCCAGGCUGAAGAUCCAGGACACGUGUGGGGUCCACAACGUCCACGGGCUGCCAGGGCUCCUGGGUGCCUUGCUGGGGACACUGCUGGCAGCCCUGGCCACUGCAGAUGCCUACGACCAAGACUUUCUGGACCUGGUUCUCUGUUGUCCUGCCCUCUGCAACGUCCCCCUGGGCCUGGUGACAAACCAGCAAGCCAGGAGCUCUGUGCUUCCCACUCUGCCAAGGGAGGAGCAGCAGGAAGACAACGGAGAACCGGGAAGAACAGAAAACCUGGGAAGAACUUCCCAACACCCCGACCACGGCAGCGGAGGCUGCAGGAACAUUGGCAGCCCCAGGUGA